UCCUUCUUCCCCAUCCCCACUCCCACCCGCACCCGAUGGACCCCGCACCGGCGCCACCGCCGCCGCUCGCGGUACACCUGGUCGCCGGCGACGUAUCCUCGCCGGAGCUAUCCCACCUCAUCCAGUCCCUCUCCACCGCCCGCAUCGUCGCCUUCGACGCCGAGUGGAAGCCACGCUGCCGUGCUCCUUCCGCCCCCAGCGACGACGCCUCGCCGGCGCCCCGGAAUCCGGCGCAGUUGCCGACCGUUACGGUUCUCCAGCUCGCCUGCCGCGGAGAAGACGGGGGCAACGAGGUGUUCGUCGUCGACCUGCUCGCCGUGCCGCUCGCCGACCUGUGGGCGCCGCUGAGGGAGCUGUUUGAGCGGCCCGACGUGCUGAAGCUGGGGUUCCGGUUCAAGCAGGACCUCGUGUACCUCUCCGCCACCUUCACCGCCGCCCUCGGAUGCGACUCUGGAUUCAACAGGGUGGAGCCUUUCUUGGAUGUCACCAACGUUUAUUACUACCUCAAGGGGCAUGACACGCAAACGAGACUUCCAAAGGAGACGAAGAGUCUGGCUUCAAUAUGCGAGGAACUGCUGAAUGUCUCUUUAUCCAAGGAACUCCAAUGUAGCGAUUGGUCAUGCCGACCCUUGAGCGAAGGGCAAAUACAGUAUGCUGCAUCAGAUGCCUACUACUUGCUAUAUAUAUUUGAUCUGUUCCAUCAGAAGGUCAGCAUUGAAGAAAAAUGUUCAUCAACGGCUGAAGCUUCAGAUGAACAUUUCUCGCAAAGGGCAAGUGAAUGUUCAUCAUCAGGAAAUGACAUUUGCUUUGAUGGGUAUUUGACAUCCAUUAUAACGAAGUACAGCGACAGGAUUUUGUUGACAGAGUCAGAUAUGAAAGCACAUUCCUCAAGACGAAAAGAAAAGCAAAAGCUGUCUAGUGAUGCCAGGUGCAAAGAGAAGUUUGAUUACGGUACUGAAUGGACGGGUCCCCCUCCAUGGGAUCCUUCCGUUGGUGGAGAUGGAUACCCAAAGUUUCUGUGUGAUGUGAUGAUUGAGGGUCUAGCUAAGCACUUGAGAUGUGUUGGAUUAGAUGCCGCAACUCCAUCUUGUAAAAAACCUCAACCAAGGGAAUUAUUAAAUCAAAUCUAUAAGGAAGGAAGAAUAUUACUAACACGAGAUGCCAAGCUUAUAAAGUAUCAGUAUUUGGCGACUAAUCAAGUAUACAGAGUGAAAAGCCUGCUCAAACCUGAUCAACUAGCUGAGGUGAUUGACACCUUCAAGUUAAAGAUAUCUGAAGACCGAUUAAUGUCGAGAUGUACAAAGUGCAACGGAAUUUUCAUUCAGAAACCACUAACACUGGACGAAGCCAUGGAAGCCUCCAAAGGUUUUCAGGUCAUCCCGUCAUGCCUCUUCAACCGAAAUAUGGAGUUCUGGAAGUGCACUGACUGCAACCAGCUCUACUGGGAGGGAACUCAGUACCACAACGCAGUUCAGAAAUUCAUGUCGGUCUGCAACAUUAGCGAGUGAGCAUUGCAACAUUUCAUCCGUAAGAACGUCAACUUGCUCCAGGGAUUCCAUCACCACAAAGCAACGUGGCAGGCCUUUUUAUUUGGUUGGCGGUGCAAUCCAUUGUUGUUGUUCUCCGAUGUACAUGUGCUCAUGUUGUUUUGUACUCCCUCUGUUCCAUAUUAUUUGUCACUGGGGAUGCUGAACUGGGUUUGCCCAGCGACAAAUAUUACAGUACAGAGGGUGUAUGUGAAAUUCAACAUGUAGUAGGAAACUGCUCUUUCAAUAAUGUCACCUUGUAUGCACUCAGACAAAUCCCGGUCGCAAUUUUACUUUAUGAUGUUGCAGUCCUACAGUACUUGAAGAGCUCCCUUGGAGCCUGGGCAAAUCUCAUAUGUUAGUUUGUGUAUACACAUACACAGAUUACAGACAA